UAAGUGAUAAUUGGGUAUCUUUUUAGCAGAACAGAAAUGAAUAACUCAACGUACAUAAACUCUUCCACUGAAAAUGUGAUGGCUCUGGAGAGCCCCUAUAAAACUGUUGAGGUGGUCUUCAUCGUCCUAGUAGCAGGAUCACUCAGUCUAGUCACCAUAAUUGGGAACAUCCUGGUCAUGGUGUCAAUCAAAGUCAACAGGCACCUACAGACUGUCAACAACUAUUUCCUUUUCAGCUUGGCCUGCGCUGACUUGAUCAUUGGCAUCUUUUCUAUGAACCUAUAUACCCUCUACACUGUGAUAGGCUACUGGCCCUUAGGGCCUGUGGUGUGCGACCUCUGGCUGGCUCUUGACUACGUGGUCAGCAAUGCCUCUGUAAUGAACCUCCUCAUUAUCAGCUUUGACAGAUACUUUUGUGUCACCAAGCCUCUGACAUAUCCUGUAAAGCGGACCACUAAGAUGGCAGGUAUGAUGAUUGCAGCUGCGUGGGUGCUGUCCUUCAUCCUGUGGGCUCCUGCAAUUCUCUUCUGGCAGUUCAUUGUGGGAGGAAGGACUGUCCCAGAUGGAGACUGCUACAUCCAGUUUUUUUCCAACCCUGCUGUCACUUUUGGCACUGCCAUUGCAGCCUUCUAUUUGCCUGUUAUCAUCAUGACUGUCCUUUACUGGCAAAUCUCUCGAGCCAGUAAGAGUCGGAUAAAGAAAGGGAAAAAGGAAGCUGCUCAAAACCAAGAUACAGCUUCCCCCAGCCUUGUCCAAAGUAAAAUAGUGAAACCAAACAAUAACAACAUCCCAACCAGUGGGGAAGGGUUGGAGCACAGCAAAAUUCAGAAUGGAAAAACCACUGAAGAGACUGUGACGGAGAACUGUGUUCAAGGGGAGGAGAAGGAGAGCUCGAACGACUCCACCUCUGUCAGUGUUGUUGCUUCCAACAUGAAAGAGGACGAAGCUACCAAAGAUGCCAGCCAGGCUUCUGCCUCCCAAGACCAUCUCAAAGUGGAGAACUCCAAGCUGACAUGCAUCAGGAUAGUCACCAAGUCCCAAAAGGGUGACUGCUGUGCCCCCACCAACACUACUGUGGAGAUUGUAGGCACCAACAGGGAGGAGAAGCAGAAUAGUGUAGCCCGGAAAAUUGUCAAGAUGACAAAGCAGCCAGCCAAAAAGAAACCACCUCCUUCUAGGGAGAAAAAAGUGACACGGACUAUUUUGGCCAUCCUCCUGGCCUUCAUCAUUACCUGGACCCCAUACAACGUGAUGGUGCUUAUCAACAGCUUCUGCACAUCCUGUAUCCCCGGCACUGUAUGGACCAUAGGUUAUUGGCUCUGUUACAUCAACAGCACCAUUAACCCUGCUUGUUAUGCACUCUGCAAUGCUACUUUCAAGAAGACCUUUAAGCACCUUCUUAUGUGUCAUUACAAGAAUAUAGGAGCUACAAGGUAA